AUGGAGGAGCGGAGAUUAGAAGACGCAAGAGCACAGGAGGAAAUGAUGGAGGUAAAGGUGGAUCUAUAUUCUGACGAGCUGGAUUCUGACCUUGGAGAUGAGAGGCCUCUAAUUCAAGACAGGGACCCCAACAGAGUCAACAGCAGUCUGAAGGUCAUGUUUGAGGACGUGAUUGCAGAACCCCCCUCUGUAAGAAGCUUCGACAAAGUGUGGCUAUGGAGCCACGCCCUUUUCGAGGUGUCAAGACUGUGGUGCUACCGCUUCAUCUCCCUCUUGCUGGCCGUGCCAGUGUCACUGGCAGCAGGGCUCCUCUUCGCUGUGCUCAGCUGCCUUCACAUCUGGUUGAUCAUGCCCUGUGUGCAGCUCCUUCUCAUCAACAUGCGGUGGAUCCAGACGGUGUGGGCCAGCAUGCUGAAUGUUUUCAUCAGUCCUUUCUGGACCAGUUUUGGAAAGUGUUGCGGUCAGGUCGUCAUCCAUAUGGCUGAUAACAAAACCAGAUAAAACCAAAGAUUUCGACCGCGUGCAAAACAGAAGAUAUGCAGGAGAGAGCAGCAGUGAUGGAUAGCUUGUUAUUUCCUGAGAGGAAACGUGCAUUGUUUGUGAUUCGUUUGUGUUAUUGUGCACAUGCCAUGAUAUUGGCGUGCCGACACAUUCAUCAGGGUUCCCAUUUCGCAAUGACAUUGACGUAUAGAUGCUCCAAUAAUGCACCAAGAUGUGGCCCAACACAAGCAGCAAACAUGAGAUGCCAUAAGAGGCGUGCUUUCAGGAAAAAAUUUGCAAAAA